AUGGAGCUGUACGAGACCCCCUCCUACUUCUACCAGGAUCCCCACUUCUACGACGGGGAGAACUACCUGCCCGUCCAUCUCCAGGGCUUCGAGCCGCCGGGCUACGAGCGGACGGAGCUCAGCCUGAGCCCCGAGGCCCGCGGGCCCCUGGAUCAAGACAAGGGCCUGGGCACCCCUGAGCACUGCCCGGGCCAGUGCCUGCCGUGGGCGUGCAAGGCGUGCAAGAGGAAGUCGGUGUCGGUGGACCGGCGGCGGGCGGCCACGCUGCGCGAGAAGCGGCGGCUGAAGAAAGUGAACGAGGCCUUCGAGGCGCUCAAGCGCAGCACCCUGCUGAACCCCAACCAGCGGCUGCCCAAGGUAGAGAUCCUGCGCAGCGCCAUCCAGUACAUCGAGCGGCUGCAGGCGCUGCUCAGCUCCCUCAACCAGGACGAGCGCGACCUCCGCUACCGGGGCGGCGGGCCGCAGCCGGGGGUGCCCAGUGAGUGCAGCUCUCACAGCGCCUCCUGCAGUCCGGAGUGGGGCAGUGCACUGGAGUUCGGCCCUAACCCAGCAGAUCACCUGCUGUCGGCCGACCCCACGGACACGCACAGCCUGCACUCCCUCACCUCCAUCGUGGACAGCAUGGCCGUGCAGGACAUCUCGGCAGCCUUCCCAGAGGAAGCCCUGCCCAACUGA